GCUGCAGCGGCCUGGUCGUGUGUUAUUAUUGCGCUUGAACGCUGAAAUCGGCAGAUUUAAGACGGCCCCCACUUUGCAUAACCGAAGGAGUGGGUCUUUCAUUCGUGUCCUUGUAGCUCGAUCUCGUCCAAGCCUGUGCAAAUUUUUCUGCUUUGGUUGCGAACUUACGAGUCCAGGACCGGGCUGUUGAGUUGCCUUCACGUCGGACGCUAGUUUCUGUGGAGUUGGCAACGAGUUCCGAGGCUUGGUUUGCGGCACUUGGGUGACACGUUUGAGGGUGACGGAAGAGAUCUUUGCUGCGAAGCUUUGAGUUUAUAAGGCAAACAUUGCGCUGAGCUGAUACCACUUUCUUCUUGAUGACCAUCGGUGAUAGUUGUCAGAACUGUGUGCUCAGCAACCCAUCACUCUCGACUUUGGAGUUUUUUUCUGCCAUCAUUGUAGACGUGAUUAGUAAGUUCGCUUGAUUUUUUGAGGUUGCGUGCAAUUCCAAUUUAGUACUCUGUCGAAACAAUAUAAGUACUUCAGAUCCGUCUUAAAGUGUAGUUCUGCAUCGUCAGUGGACUUCAUAGCGGCUAGAAUAAGGCAGAGUAGCUAUGGGGAGUGAAGGGCGGGUGUUGAGAUACGGUAUUAUCGGAGUGGGCAUGAUGGGUCGGGAGCAUUUGUACAAUUUGGCUGCAUUGCCUGGUGCUAUGGUGGUAGCCGUGGCCGACUCUCACCCUGGCUCUCUUGAAGCAGCUCUCGCUGCCACCGCUGGGCUAAAAUCUGCUACACCUUCUCCCCCACUUAAGGUCUUCACACACCAUGGCGCGUUGCUGGACAGUGGGAUGUGUGACAUUGUCGUCAUAGCCACCCCUAAUAUGACGCACGCGCGAAUCCUGCUGGAUGUUCUUGCCCAUCCCAAGCCGCAUCACAUUUUAGUGGAGAAGCCUCUUUGCACCACUGUUGAAGAUUGUCACAAGGUGUUAGAAGCAGCGAAAGCAAGGCCGGAGUUGUUGGUACAAGUAGGAUUGGAAUACAGAUACAUCCCUGCGGUGGCUGAGCUGCUGGCUAAAGUGAAGCAAAACGCGGUGGGGCGCGUCCACAUGGUUGCAAUUCGUGAACACCGGUUUCCAUUUCUAGUGAAGGUUAACAACUGGAACCGCUUCAACAAGAACACCGGCGGCACUCUUGUGGAGAAAUGCUGCCAUUUCUUCGACCUUAUGACACUGAUAACAAACUCUACUCCUGUGCGAGUCAUGGCUUCUGGAGCACAGUCUGUGAACCAUCUGGACGAAAGAUACGAGGGCAAGGUCCCAGACAUCCUGGACAAUGCUUACGUGAUAGUGGAGUACGAGAAUGGGUCUCGCGGCAUGUUGGAUCUUUGCAUGUUCGCAGAAGGCAGCCGCAACGAGCAAGAAAUCUGCGUUGUGGGGGGUUCCGGAAAGGCAGAGGCUUUCGUUCCAGACAGCACUGUUCGUCUGGGCUCUCGCAAGGGUGGCAGGGAAGGUGUGCAGUGUUACGAGGUUCACGACGAGAGAGUCAGGUUUGAAGGGCUUCACCACGGAUCCAGCUAUUUGGAACAUAUGGAGUUUGCAAUAGCAGUGCACUCGCAUGGGAGCAGGCCACCCGCUGUGGGCUUAGAAGCAGGUUUGAUGUCUGUUGCAGUGGGAGUGGCUGCUCAACAGUCCAUCCUGAAAGGUAGAUUUGUUUUCAUUAAGGAAGUAAUCAACACACAAACAUAACCUGAACCUCCACAAUUAGGCAAAAAAUGUACCAGUACUAUUACCCAUUAUUUUAUUUUAUUUUCUUUCACUUGAUCUUCCUCCAUUAGAGGUA